ACUGUCUGGUCUUUGCCUCUUGUCAGUUUUCGAACUUGUGCAGAGCAUUCAGACGAGAGGGCCACCAUGGUGCUGAACCCUGUCAUUUCCAAGCUCUCCGGCAAACUGGUGGUGCUGGCAAGUGCCUCUCCUCGGAGACUGGAGAUUCUUCGCAACGCGGGUUUACGCUUUGAGGUGGUACCAUCCUGGUUUAAAGAAACCCUUGAUAAGGGACUUUACACAGCGCCUCAUGAGUACGCUGUUGAGACAGCCAAACAGAAAGCCCUGGAGGUGGCCAGGAGAAUGCCCGUUAAACAUUUGAAAACUCCAGACAUUGUUAUUGGAGCAGACACUAUCGUGAGUGUGGAUGGGAUGAUUCUAGAGAAGCCAGUGGACAAACAUGACGCUUACAGGAUGCUGUCGAGGUUGAGUGGUAAAGAGCACAGUGUCUUCACUGGUGUAGCAAUUGUCCUCUGUCAUGAGAAAGAAAAUGAAGAAGUAGACUACCAGCUGAUUGACUUCUUCGAAGAAACAAAGGUGAAGUUUGCUGAUCUCUCAGAAGAUAUGCUGUGGGAGUACAUCAAUAGUGGUGAGCCCAUGGACAAAGCUGGCGGUUACGGAAUCCAGGCUCUUGGGGGCAUGCUGGUGGAGUACGUCCACGGAGACUUCCUCAAUGUCGUGGGGUUCCCCCUCAAUCACUUCUGCAAACAGCUGGACCUUAUUUACAACCGCUCUACUUCCUCUUCAGACCAGGAGAGUGCAUCGGCUCGUCUUAGCCAGAGCGGCCCUCACCCUACCCCAGUACUCACUCAGCUCCCACACAACCUGACAGAUCCGUCCAGUCAGAGUCCCAGCUCUUCAGCCAAACACAACUCUUCAGCCAGCCUCAGACCAAACAGCCCACCUGCCAGUCAAACACACAACAGCCCUUCACUCAGUCCAGUCAAAAAGGUGAAGAAGAAAGACGGUGACAGUAAAGUGAGUGAGAGUUCGAGGAUGUUGGUGAACAGCUUCUCUAAAGACAGAGGCGCUGAGAUCACAGGCUCUGACAACACGACAAUACCGCUGAUCCCCAGCAGAGGGCAGGUGAUCGAGCUCAAUGUGGCAAAGCAGGAGGACAGUGAACCUAAAAGAGAGGAUCUGCAAAGAAUCAUGGAACUAAUGGAUGGAUUCAAAGCCUCAAAGGCCUUGUUUACUGCUUCCAAGCUAUGUGUGUUUGACCUGCUUCAUCGCAGCCCAGGGCUGGAUUCAGCACAGAUGGCCCAGGAGAUCAAAGCCUCUGUGAAGGGGACUGAAUGCCUGUUGGAGGCUUGUGUGUCUCUGGGACUGUUGAAGAGCAAAGACAGAACAGGCCAAAAGCCUGUGUACGAGAACACAGAUCUGGCGGUGCGUUUUUUGAGGUCAGAUGCAUCCUACUCUCUGCACGGAUACAUGCAGCACUGUAACAACACAGUGUGGCCUCUUUUCUCACACCUCGAGAGCGCUGUGCUGGAAGGUUCUCACCAGCAUGAGAAGGCCUUUGGCAAAAAAACGAAUGAUUUGUUUCAGGAUACUUACUACAACAAUCAAGAAAUCAAGCUGAGAUUCAUGCGUGCCAUGCACAGCAUUGCCAAAGUUACAGGAAAAGAUGUGGCCACAGCCUUUGACCUCUCCACUUUUAAAACGGCCUGUGAUCUUGGAGGAUGCACUGGUGCCAUGGCCUACGAGUUUACUAAAGCUCAUCCUGGGUUGUCUGUGACAGUGUUUGACUUACCUGCUGUUGUUGAGAUGAUUGAACAUUUCCGUCCGCAGCACAAAGACAACCGAGUGUCAUUUGUAGCAGGAGACUUUUUUCAAGACGAGUUGCCCAAAGCAGACUUGUACAUCCUGGCGAGAAUUCUUCACGACUGGUCUGAUGAGAAGGUGCACACGCUGCUGAGUAAAAUCGCACAAACAUGCACACCAGGAUGUGCACUUCUCAUAGCUGAGACCAUGUUGGAUGGACUGAGCCCCUACUCUGCUCUGCAGUCUCUGAACAUGCUUACCAAGACUGAGGGAAUGGAGAGAACAGAGAGCAAGUACGCCGGCAUGCUAAGCAAACACGGAUUUGGGAACACGCGUGUGGUUCACACAAGGAACUUCUUAGAUGCUGUUAUUGCCAUUAAAAUGUAGCAAGGCAAUCUUGCACACAAACACAUAUAUGUUUUUGGUUUGUCUCACUGUCUUUUAUGAGUUUUAAUUAUUUGAUCAAUGGUGGAUAGUUUUCAAUAUAGUAAUUGAAUGAUGGAGAAACUAUUCAUUAUCCUUUAAAAUCCUGUCUUCAAAAUACAAAAAGUAUCGUCACCAAAAUGUACUUAAUGGCAGAUAUUUAAAUAUGCAUUAAACUGAUUUUUUCUUCAACUGGAUUAAUUCUAUGGAUUCAUAAACACUAAUGGAGCAAGUAAACAGGUUCUUAAAUGGUCAACAAUCACAUUAAAUGUGUUAUUUCUUUAUUGUGUGGUCCUCCACUGAA